AUGAUGGCGUACAAACUUACUGUUAUCAAUAAAAAAAGAAGGAUAAGAUUUCACUUUGACAUUAACGACGAUCAUGGUCCUCUAGAAGCUCGAACAGAUUCGCAGUGGUCACGGGCUGUACAUGCAGUGGUCACGGGCUGUACAGCCAACUUCACGUGUUCACAGCUGAUAGAAGUUACAGGACUUAUUCUUUCUUCUGUUGGAUCUUCGCCGGCGGCCAUUAACUUUGGUGUGACCUUGGUUGGUACGUUUGUUUUUGGUAUAUUGUCGGAGGAACACCCCAGAUUUGAGGCUGUAUCUUAG